GACUCGACAGAUCAAAACUAUCGGCGGGCCGUUUUUUGAACUUUUAUUUUGAAGGGCGCAGUCAGCAGCUGAGGUGUAGCGGUGAUUGCUAACGUGAACUAACUCAAGCCUUCACACAGUUGCUCCAGGUGUCGAGCCGCGUGGCGUUAACAGUCACCUCUGACCUGGGUCCUGCAGGUCUGGAGCCAUGUCUGUGUGCUCGGCCCUACUGACCUGCCGUGUAGCUGGAGGCCGCUCCAAGGUGCUGCGUGGUGUUCCUCCACCGCUGAGCCACAUCAGAUUAGCCAGUGUGGCCGAGCCCGGCACCAGAAGAACUGUUGAAGAGGAACUGGGGCAGCCGGCUGGAUACCUGCCAUUCUCUGGAGCCAAAAUAGGAUCUUUCUUUCAGGAAAGACCAGUUCUGAAGAACCCAUUUCUAGAGGAUGCAUUGCUAAGAGGGUACAUGAGGAGACACCUGCCCCAGGAGGCAGCUUCAUCCGACUUGCAUGCAUUUGGAGAGCGUGUGGCAAAUGAGGUGGAUGUCUGGGGUCGAGAGUGUGAGGUUAAUCCUCCACGGCUGGUGCAAUUUGACCCCUGGGGUCACAGAGUGGACCACAUCGUGACCUCCCCGGCCUGGAAACGUAUGAAAGACCUGUCUGCACAGGAAGGACUGGUUGCCAUUGGCUAUGAGAGGUCAUUUGGGGAGUGGAGUCGUGUGUAUCAAAUGAGCAAGUUGUAUAUCUUCUCUCCUUCCUCUGGUCUGUACACCUGUCCCCUGGCCAUGACCGAUGGAGCUGCUAAAGUCAUCCAGUCCAGAGGUGUUUCAUGGCCGGUGGAUGAAGCCUACAGCCGUUUGACCACCCGUCAGCCGAAGCAUUUCUGGACAUCUGGACAGUGGAUGACUGAAAGACAGGGAGGAUCUGACGUGGGCAGUGGCACAGAGACGGUGGCUGUUCCCCAGACAGACGGUUCGUACAAACUACACGGCUUCAAGUGGUUCACCUCUGCUACAGACGCAGACAUGACCCUGACACUGGCCAGAGUGCAGGACCGAACAGGAGCAACCACAGCGGGCAGCAGGGGUUUGAGUUUGUUCUACGCAGAGGUGAGUAGAGAUGAGGACGGACGGCUGACCGGCAUAGAGGUCCAGCGACUGAAGGACAAGCUCGGCACAAGACAGAUGCCAACUGCUGAGUUGCUGCUGGACGGCCUGCCGGCGCACAGGCUCUCGGAGAAAGGGAGAGGUGUAGCCUCCAUAGCAGACAUGCUGACCAUAACCCGAAUACACAACAGCAUCUCUGCGGCGGCCGCAAUGAGAAGGGUGGUCCAGCUAGCUCGUGACUACGCCACUCGCCGCACCGCUUUUGGAAAGCUUCUUAAAGACCACCCGCUGCACAUUCAGACUCUCGCUAGGAUGGAGGUGGAGACUCGUGGAGCUUUUCUUCUGGUGAUGGAUGUCUGUCGUCUGUUGGGACGAGAAGAGAGCGGCGUGGCGACUCGGCAUGACGCACACCUGCUGCGUUUGCUCACUCCCGUCGCCAAACUGUACACCGGGAAGCAGGCGGUAGCUGUGGUGUCGGAGGGUUUGGAAAGCUUCGGUGGACAGGGAUACAUUGAGGAUACAGGGUUGCCUGGACUACUUCGCGAUGCACAGGUUUUGAGUAUAUGGGAGGGAACCACAAAUGUUCUGUCUCUGGACGUGUUGCGCUGUGUGGCUCGUAGCUCAGGAAUGGUUCUUCAGGCUUACUUCACCCAUGCCAAGUCCCUGCUUGCAGGUGCAUCAGGUGUUUCCAGGUUGGCGCCGGCGGUGAAAUCAGUCGACCUUGCUCUCUCUCAACUGGAGGUUUUUGUUCAGGUGGCAGCUACAAGAGCUCCUGGCUACCUGGAACUAGCAGCCCGGGACCUGGCUUACAGCCUCGCUCGUAUCUACACAGGUGCUCUUCUCAUCGACCAUGCCUGUUGGGUGGGAGCCUCUUCUCCAGAUACAUAUGCAGCUCUCAGGUGGUGUGAACAGGACUUGUGCCCUGUGGCCACUAAACAGGAGAGAGGCUGCUAUGAUCUCAGCUCAGCGUCACAUGAUGUUGAACUUGUGUAUGACCGGCCCAUCCAGGGCUGAAGGUUGCCGGAUUCACCUGUACCUUGUUCUGUGGCAGAACUAGUUAAAUUGUAGAUGGGAGAUGACCUAGACCAUGUGUUAUACAAAAUAAGGAAUUCAAAUACAACCCAAUCAUGGAAAAGGAAUGAGAUGGGUUAAUGUAGUAUAUAAUACAAUAAAGUCUUGUCUAAUAUGAUUUGGGUGUUUAUUAAAUUAACUUCUGUAUAUGAACUUUCUGCAAUAUA